AUGGAGGAAAUGGAUGAAGGAAAAGAUCGAGAUAGAACAAUUGAAAGACGCAAAUUCAUAUCUGAUUGGAAUGAUGUAUCGGAACCUCAGUUUCCACCACCAGUUGAUGAUGACGUCCCCAGAAGGCACUUUGAUAAUUUCUUGGAUUUUUGCAAUAUUCGUAAAAGGAAAGGAUACCGCAGAAGAUCACCUUCGCUAUUCGUAAAUCAACGAUUUUAUGAUUGGUCUUUGCAAGAUGAUGGAAGCUCAAAUAAUAGCGAUUUAGAAUUGUCAUCUUCUGAAGACUUGGAGUCAGAUGUUGAAGAUGAUUAUGGCGGGUACAUUGAUGAGCAUACAGUAAGAUUACAUUCGGAGGAGCCCUACGAAAAUACGUACACGGUUGAGGCAGAUGAGGACACGUUUUAUGAUUUUUUACCACAGCCUGAAGUACAAAAUAGCGAUUCGAGUGAAUACGUUCGCGAGGAUUACAAUAGUGUCGUAUAUGAGCGAUACUCUAGAGCUGAAGAAGACAAUUUCAAAUUGCCGGCAAUUUUGAAGAAGUUCCAGCCUCCUGAAUCGAAUAAUAUUUGUGCGUAUGGGCUACCAGUCAAUUCUGAUGACACCUUCUUGCAUUAUGAGAAUCAUUCUCCAGUCAAUAAAUUGUUAGUACCUUAUUCCGAUUUUGCUAAAGAUAACUUGAACCAGCCAGCUAGCAAAUAUCCCGAUUCUUUAAGAUUGGAUAAAUUUUCUUCGUUUCAGCUGGACUGCAAACCGGGGCGAAUGUUCAGAAAUAAUCUCAGCGUGUGCUCACGAAGGUAUAAUUUAAUGUUUGUUGCUUCAAUGUCACGUAUAAGUGUUAUCAAAGCCCGAGAAUUUUCAAAUAAUGGCAACAUUAGUUCGUCUUUUAUUAUUGAGACAAAGGCAAAUAGCCUAAGUGAGUACCAGCAAGAGCACUCCACAUUUCCCGGCUUUCCAUAUCUCAUUAAUUAUAUGAUGAUCGGUACAUUCUUUGGGUUAGAGGUCUUAGGAGUAGUGACCGAUGAUGGCAGGGUUCUUCUGUAUGACACUGAGACGUUUUCUGAGAAGUGGGACUGGUUUGUUAGUCAGAUUUCAGAUUUAAGACCUGUUUUAACAUAUCGUGCAGAUGUUGAAGUAAAAGUUGAUUGUUCGGCUUGGGGUUUGGAUAUUUACAAAAAUAUGUUAGCGGUGUCUGAUAAUAGUAGAAGAGUUACAUUGUUCUAUUAUAACGAAUCGAAUGUUGUCUACCUAGUGAAGACACGUCCUCUCUUUCAUAACAUCCCAAGUGUUAGUUUUAUCAAGAAUGAGAAGGAAGUUUACGUUUCUGCUGGAUCUAUCAGCGGUGAAGUUGUUGUUUUUAAGUUUCCUAUGAACAUAAUACAUCGAAUUUCUGGGGGAAACUUAUCAACAAAGGUUGAUUUCAAAAAACCUGAGGUUGUUAGUAGAGUGGCGACUCGUGAAGAAAUUUGGUGCGUCAAUUUUGUGAACGGAGAUCAUUUUAAAUCAGUGAAUUCAUUUGAAUUACUUACUGGUGAUCCUUGGAUUGAUAAAGAUGGCAUUCUUGCCAGCAGAAUUUUAAGUGAAAGUGAGUUACUUGAUGCAGAAUCUAAUUAUUGUAAAUCAAGCCACUUAGGCCUUUCCUCUGAAUUCCAAUGCUUUUAUAUUCCGACAGAGGCUGCCCAAAAUUUUGUUAUUCCUACAACGGAAACUGAUCGAAUGCGACGAAUAAGAAAGAUGUAUGAUGAUUAUUAUGAAGAUUUUCAGAGGGGUCAGAGAAAAAGGCAUAUAUCAAAAAGGUUUGAUAGUUAUUGGCAAGGAAUCGCUCAUAAUAAACGAUUCAAAAACAAGUUUCUUCUAGUUACGGGAAAAAAGCAGCUAAGCUUAUUUCGGGUUAACAGACUGUUAUUUAAUGCGACCGUGUCAGAUAUUUUUGGUUUCACUACUAGAGAUGAAAACGAGGAUUCGUGUAAUCGACUAUCUUUGAGUUUGGUGAUACCAGAACUGAAUUGUUUUAUAGUUGCAUCUCAAGUUGGUUUGGUUUCGAUUUUCAGAUUAACAAAGUAUAGAGGAAUUGUUGGCAUGAGGCAGGAAUUUGUUCUCCCCACAACAUAUAGAUCUGGAUCAUUGAGUCAUACUAGUUGCAAGUAUUUAUCCGGGAUCACCUGUAAGAAGUUAUGUGAAGGGCGAUUCUUACUUUAUCUCAUUUUUUACGAUGGAUUGUUAGUUGUAUACCAGCUCACGGAUCCGCUGACAUGUCAUAACUACUUGGAUUAUGUUUAA